AUGAAUUACGGAAUUGGCGAAAAUGUGUCACAGCUCCUUUGGUAUCCGUUGCCAGCAUCAAUCUACCAAAGGAGUCUUUGCAAUUUAGCUUCUCAUCGUCUUGACCCUCUCCGGGCGGCGUCUAUUUGUUUGGUGUGCCUUUCUCUUUGCCAUCAUUCCACAGUUGACACGCGGGCAUGCGGACACACCAGCAAGCACGCAAACAGAGACAUACAUGAGCACUACUCAAGGCAGGCAAUGGCGUUGCAGAAGCCAUUCUCCUCUCGAGCGCUGCAUUUUUCAGCUGUUGCCGUCGCCAUAUGGCGAGCGGGCGGAGAGGCAGGCAGACGAGCGGGCGUACAGACAGGCCGGCGAGCGGGUGGACAGGCAGACAGGCAGGCGCGCGAGCGGACAGGCGGACAGGCAAGCGGUGGGGGCCGAGUCGAGAAUGCACGGACAGGCGAGGCGGCAAUGCGUGCGCACUCACGUGCGCACGAUUCUGCCCUUCCAGUCGAGGGAGCGAGGCCAAGGCGGGCAGGAGGCGUGCGAAAGGCGUGGGCGGCUAGUGGUCUCGUUGGUGCGCCUCGAUUAUGUAGCUGUUUGCAGACCGCGCGCAAGUGUGUAUAUGCACUUUCUCCUGCCAAACAAUGUUCAUUUAUGUAUUUUCCGGCACAUUGCACAACCUCAGCCAAUCAGGCUUCGCCUGACCUGACAGCAGCAUGUGUUAAGUUGGUUCAUCAAUGCACUUUUGUGAGCAGCGAUCAGUUUUUCUGGUCCGUUAGUCUUCUUCGUCGUCGCCGCUCAAGCGCAUGGCCGGCCCCGGUGCUCCAGAGUCCACGCGCCGCCGCCGCUGCCGCCGCUGCUGAUGCUGUCGCCGCCAUUGCUGGUGUUGCUGCUGACCCACUGCCGGCGAGCUCUCGAAGCCGCCCUCGCUGCUGGGCUCCGCGGACUCGCGAGCGCGCCAACCGUCUGACCCCUCCAAUUCGUCUCGCCCGCCCAUCCCACGCUUCCCCAUCCUGUCCACAUCAAGCAACCGCCUCCCGAUCGUCUGUUCCGUUUGAGUCCGUCCACCGCCAUACCAGCACUUGUCCUGUUGCCGCGACGCGCAGCCAGCCGCAGCUGGGACGAGAGAUGCCGAAUUGCGACUAUGCCGUCCGAUUUGAACAGCACCUCUUCGGACCGCAGAUGAGCCUGGCCUCCGCCGGCCUGCGGGCCGCCACCACGGCCGCCACCAACGGCCUGCACGCCAGCUCGCUGGCCGGCUGCGAGGACUCCGAGGCGUGCAAGCCUGGCUGUCGAGAGUCGGACGGCUUGGUGUAUCGACCGGUGCCGCAUCGAUUCGCCGCUCAACUGGCGGCCGGUGCACCUGGCCCAGUCGGCCCUUCGGCCAGGCGGCCAGUGGCGGCCGCCGCCGUCCCGGCAGCCGCGGGC